GCCAAUCAUCGCUUAAAAUAUUCUGUGGAGCCAAUCACUAGUAAGGGGUGGGGAAAUAUGUGUUUUCCCGGAGUUUGGGAGAGAAGCGUAAAGUAUCCAAGAGUUAUCGCGGCAACUUGGUCUGGGCAUGUCUCAGAACACUAAACAGCAGCAGACUGAGCCUUCUCGAAGCCCUGCGCCGAAUGGAGGGGCGUUUCUCAUGCGGGGGGUAAAACAGGAGCAGAGCGAUGCCCCCCUGGCCCGUCUGGUUCACCCCUCAGAUUCAGCCCAUGAAGAGAACGUGGCCUCUCUCGUGGUGCAGCCGGUGAAGAAGCGCGGCUGGCCCAAGGGGAAGAAGAGGAAGAAGGUCCUGCCCAACGGCCCCAAAGCCCCGGUGACGGGCUACGUGCGCUUCCUGAACGAGCGGCGGGAGCAGAUCCGCGCCCUGCACCCCGAACUGCCCUUCCCCGAAAUCACCAAGAGGCUGGGGGCCGAGUGGAGCCGCCUGGCCCCCAACGACAAGCAGCGGUACCUGGACGAAGCGGAGCGGGAGAAGCAGCAGUACGCCCGAGACCUGAAGGAGUACCAGCAGAGCGAGGCCUUCCAGAUCACCAGCGCCAAAAUCCAGGACAAGAAGGUCAAGAGAGAAGAGCUUACGUCUGUGAUUAUUAACGCCACAAGUCUCGGAGCUGGCUAUAAGGGCUCAGACCUCUCAAACAGGUUUGACGUUCCCAUCUUCACCGAGGAAUUCCUGGACCAGAACAAAGCGCGGGAGUCGGAGCUGCGGCGGUUGCGGAAGGCGAACGUGGAGUUCGAGGAGCAGAACGCCGUGCUGCAGAAGCACAUCGCCGACAUGUACAGCGCCAAGGAGCGGCUGGAGGCCGAGCUGGGUCAGGACGAGAGGCGGACCCAGGCACUGCACCGCCACCUGCAGGCGUUCAAGCACAUGCUCGUCAACAGCCUAUCGAGCGUCAGCCUGCCAGGCACGGGCGAGACCCCCUCCCUGGGCACCCUGGACUCGUACCUGAGCCGCAUGAGCAGCAUGCUGGAGACCAGCCCUCAGGAGCACCGCACCCUGGUCAUCCAGCUGCAGGACAUCCUGGCACACCUGGACAGUGAGAAGCUCUGAUUGGCCAGGGGCUAGCAGGGCUGAUUACCGAUUGGCUGUGUCCAGCGUAACCCCAUCUCAUCACCACUGUCCCUCAGCCUGGCUGUGGAACAACAGCUCCCCCUCUGGGCUGAGUCUGUCAGUGCAGCUCACAGCCUGCCACUGAAGGCAUUAAACAUAUUUUGUGUGCGUGUCUGUGUGUGUGUGUGCGUGCGUUGUACCUGUGUGUAAGCAUUGCGCCUAUGUGUGUGUGUGUGUGCAUGUGUGCUUUGAGCCUGUGUGUGCACACGUGUGUGUGUGUGCGCAUGUGUGUAAGCAUUGCGCCUAUGUGUGUGUGUGCAUGUGUGCUUUGAGCCUGUGUGUGCACACGUGUGUGUGUGUGUGUGUGUGUGUGUUUGUGUAUGCGCAUGUGUGUGUGUGUGUGUGUGUAUAUAAAAGUGAUGCAGAGCAAACUUUUACUGGACAGAUUAUUCUAAGUACACCCUCAUUCUUACACACACACAUACAGGCAGGCACGCACUUUACUCAAUUAUCAUCUCAGUGAGUUAAAGUCUUGGUGUUACAGUUAAGGUAAUGACUGACUGGAGGCGUGUGUGAGAGUUUACAGAAAUAGCUCACAAAAAUACCUCCUGUGGGACCAUGGAAAAAUUGUGUGGCGAAAAAGCUGCAAAAUUAAAAUAACUGUCAUGGGGUUUUUUAUAGGGUAUCUUUUAUUAAAUCUUCUUUUGUUUCAAUCUCGUGUAUGAACCUUUCUCCUCUUUACCCACAAUUAAAGUAGCUUUUUGAAGGAAAUUUGAAGAGAUGGGAUUGUACGAUAAAAUUAAUGCACCUCAAGUAGUGUUGUGCCUUUUUGGGAAUAACCAUUUGUAAGGUGGGUUCUCAUUGGUAAAGGGUCUUAGGAGUGGGUUAAGGAGUUUCUUUGUUUAAGUAAUCUGCAUGCAUUCAGAUGUGAAAUAUGGAAUAAAAAUGUGCAAAUAUAACAGGAAAA